GUUACGGCCACAAGCUCAAGUCCAUUGGAAAAGGCAGCGGCAACAAUGCAAUAGUCACCAGCAAUCCCAUGACAGUUCAACAGCUGGGACCUCUUUCACCUCCUGCUGAUCAGCUUUCAACAGCAUGCAGCCAGAUCAGCCCUAGCUUCCAGAGAUCUAUGGAUGCUUCCAGCCUGAGUGCUUCUCCGUCAGAUACAAGGUCACUCUUGUCAUGUGAGUCUCUGGCCUCUACAACAUUAAGCUUGUCAGAAGGUCAUUCUCCUUUGAGUGUUGAACAAGAGUGGUCACACAGGUACAGGACACUUUCUUCUGUUCCUCCUGAUCAUGGUUUACAAAAUAGGAGUGAGCUGGGGGAUUUACUAAGUUUUUCACCUGAAACUUCUGUGUCCAGUAAUUCACUGUCGUCCUACUUUUAUGGCAUGGAAAAUAAGCACUCCCCUUACUCUAGUCCUUGCCAGUCUUCAGCCUGGUCUCAAUCAGCCCGCUCCAAAAAGAGGGCACUCCCUCUGUCUCCUCUGUCAGACGGCAUUGGGAUCGAGUUCAAUACGAUUAUCCGCACAUCCCCAACCUCUCUGGUGGCCUACAUCAACAGCUCCAGGGCAUCGCCAGCAAACGUCUCUCCACAGCCUGAGGUCUAUGGACAUUUUUUGGGCGUGAGAGGAAGCUGUAUACCCCAAAAUUUCUCUGUUCCAGCUGCUCAGAAAGGCCUCCACAUGGCGAAUGGCAACGUCACCUUUCCAGGGUAUGUUGAGAACAGGGCUGGUGAGUACCAGCAGCUGCAGCAGCUGGAGCAAGCCAGCUUGCAGAUGGCUGCUGCAAAUAACGUGGUGAUCCAGCAGGGCGUGCUGCCAUUGGACAGCCAGGCUGUGCACAUCCUGAAAGAUCAACAGCUGGAUGACUUCUCAGUCUCYGUUGCUGACAUGCCUCUUCCGCCCCUGCUGCUGCCACCACCCCCUCCCCAAGGGCCGCCCCCUCCGUACCAYGCUCACCAGCUCCGGCGCCCACACRGCAUCCCCAGCCACGGCCACGCGCUGCCGGUGCCGCCUGCCCCGCGUGCCCUGCUGGAGGAUGACAGUGAGCUGGAUGAGUUCAAUGGCAAGCAUGGCUGCUGCUGGGUUGACUGCGGGAAGCUGUAUGAGCAGCGAGAGGAGCUGGUGCGGCACAUAGAGAAGAUCCACAUAGACCAGAGGAAGGGAGAGGACUUCACCUGCUUCUGGGCAGGGUGCCCUCGAAGGUUCAAGCCAUUUAAUGCCCGUUACAAACUGCUGAUUCACAUGAGAGUCCACUCAGGAGAGAAGCCGAACAAAUGCACAUUUGAGGGUUGCAAGAAAGCCUUUUCCAGACUAGAAAAUCUCAAGAUUCACUUGAGGAGCCAUACGGGUGAAAAGCCGUACCUUUGCCAGCACCCUGGCUGCCAGAAAGCAUUCAGCAACUCCAGCGACCGCGCCAAGCACCAGAGGACACACCUGGACACGAAACCUUAUGCCUGUCAGAUUCCGGGAUGUACUAAGCGAUACACAGAUCCAAGUUCCCUGAGAAAGCAUGUAAAAGCCCAUUCUUCCAAAGAUCAACAAGUCAGGAAAAAGUUACGAUCAAGCUCAGAGCUUGACCAGGACAUCCUGAACGACUGCCUUGCAAUCCAGCCCCUCCAGCCAGCCCUGUCACCUCAUGAUGCUGUAGAUAAUACCAUGCAACACUCCCCAGGGCCUGCUUGUGAUAUUUACCCAGCAGCUGUGAUCCCCUUGUCCCACCCGAGCAGCCACUCCUCCCCAGGACAUGACAUACAGGGUAGUCCUCUGCAUCCUCCUCAGAUACCUCUUCUCGCAGCUGUGGACUCAGAGAGGUUUGUUGCUCCAGCUCCUUCUCCUCAUCACAUUAGUCCCCAGAGAAUGUCCAUUCAACAUCCCAUGAUGCAGAGACAGACUCCACAACCUCCUCAGCUUCAGCAGCCCGCAGGAAUGCCUCUGAAGAUAUACCAGCCAGCAGAAAGCCCUUCUUUUCAGCCAAAUGCCCUUCACAUCCAGGGUUUUUAUGGACAGCUUCAGACUUUCUGCCCUCCACGUUAUGCUGACACUCAGAAGAAUAUUCAAGACACUGUUUGCAACAUGGUUCCUCCUGCUGAAGACUCCUUAGCUCCCACAUCAGCUGGCCAGGCGGGGCUUGGCAUUUUCCAUCGAAGCUUUUCAGGUCAUUCUGGUAUCAAAGUGUAUGACUUUCCAGCUGGGUCUGUAGGUAUCUUUGGUGAUUCAGCUUGCAGCAUGCCAGAGGACAGCAGUUUCCUACAAGUAAAUGCAGUGGAUCGUUGUUCCAGCCAGCUUUCUUCUGUGUACACUGAAGGCUAAAGUAAUGUAUAUCCAGUUACAAGAACUUGAUUGUUUCAUCUUGCCCUUCKGACAGUUCCCUACAAAUUAUCCCUCUUCAUGAAACUGCCAUGUAUGUAUGGGGAUAUGACUAGAUAUACAUACAUAAUGGAGAGGAAAAAAGCAAUUAUCAAGCAUUCUUCAUUUAAUCAAGCAGCCAACUGAGAAGGAGAAUGUUUGGAGAGAACAAGCUUUGCCAAAACCUUAGCAGUUGUUUCUUUUCUUCCCAUCUGUGGUACAGCAGCUAUACUGUUUUAUUAUUACUUCCUUUUAAUUUCUCAAAGGGAAUUUAGAGACCAAAUAAAACUAGUUGUCAGCUGUAACCCUUUCAGGCUGAAUGGGUGCACUUACUGAAGAACACAGCUUUAGAAAACUCCUUUUACAAAAAAGGAAAAGAAGUGAAACCAGAGCAUAUUACAAACAUUUCAAAGGCAUACAGUUUUUGCGCAACCUCUUUGUAUGUGUUAGUUCCAAAGUUUAACACACACCAGUUUCCAAAAGGGAGAGAAAUUAGACAUAAAUGUUGACACUACCUAUUGGAGGUGUUGGUGUGGCUUCUUUCAGGAUCAAAGGUUGUUGGUACUGGAUUUCUAAGAGGCCUCAGGGUAGGUGUCCUUUUCCUCCUGCUGUAUUUUAAGCCAUACAAUAUGGCUAUUACUUUUUUUCCAAUAUUAAUUCUGACCAAAUGCUUUACGCAUGAAUAAGGAGGGGUAAAUACCUGAGGAGUUGCAUAGGCUUUGUCUCUAUUUAGCACAUCUGCCAGAUAAGAAUAAAUGCAUUUUAGCUUUCAAUUUCUUUUUAAAUUAGAUUGUAGAGCAUUGUUACUGUAUGUGCUAUAGUAUUCUGCCAGAAGGUUUAAAAUAUUUUCUAGGAAAAAUUCCUCCCUAAAUUCCACACAUAUUUUUAAAAAGCUGUCUAUAGUGAUUCAAUUAAAUUUUGGUUGUCCUAAUCUUUUCCCAUAACRCAUUUUCAGAAAGAAGGACUACUCUUAAUUGUACUAUGUUUCCUCUGGUUACAUAGAGAGAUAAAACUGGUUUGAUAGUUUUGGUUUUUCUGCCCAAUGUCAGGCUCAAUAGUUCUCAGAUUUAGUCCAGGGUGUUAGCAAAUGAAGUUGUCCUUUAUGAAACAUACAAGGUUAUUAAUUAAAACGAGUAUUUUGCAGUGGAGAUGUCAUGACUGUGAUCCUGUAUACCUUGAUAACAACUCUUACAUUAUGAAGGACUGAGUUUUUAGGUUUUAAUUGCUGUUCAUCCAUUUUGUGGAUUUGUUACUGUGUAGUGUAGCAUCUUAAAAUUCUCAUGACCUGAUAGAGUAAGGAUAGAAAUUUAUUCUUACAGGCUGGACCAUAACUACACUUCUGAAAUCACUCUUCUAAAAUAUAAACUUUGAAAAAAUGCUUAUACAAACAUUGUUUUCCUGGCAAAUUCUGAGAGUUGUUCAGUCCAAUUUGGCUCAAAUUCAUAAUUUAAUCUGCCAUUAUGUGGAAUAGGUGAAUUUAUGUCCAGAUGUUUAUAAACACUGGCAAUCUUUUGAAGUUUGUAUUCAUGAAGUAUAUUCUUUCAUGCAGCCAUGUGCUUAAAUAUUUAAUGGAGAGACUUUCAUCCACUGCAUAGAAUAUAUGGAUAAACUAUGCACAUAAAUGAAGUACAGUGAGAAGUAAUGUGACUAAACAACAGUUAAUUCUGUGCUAAAUUCCUCCCCCUUUCAUUCUGUUCUCACAUGACGAGUGAAUGUGUCUCUCUGCUCCAGCUUGCACUAAGAGGUUCAGAUGUUACCAUAUGUGAUUUGCAAUGGGUUUAAUGACAGCAGGCAUCCCUCACAACCAAUUAUGUGSAGUUAAGAAGACAGUCCUUUUGCAUUGACGUGCAUUGACCGCAAGUUUCGCUUUUUAAUAAAGCUUUGAUUUUGUGAUACCUUAAAGCCUCUUCUGUGGUCACUGCACAGGCAUAAUUUGGUUCAGCAGAAAUAAUCAGUCGCUCUAAGACACUUCAAAUGUGUGGACUUGUGUUUUGUUCCACCAAGGUCAGCAAGAGUAGGAUCAGGUUCAGUAUGGACAUAUGUGUAUGCAUACAUAUAUACCAAUUUAUUUUCAUAUAUAUAAAUCCUUCAAAAUUCUUUUAACCACAAGAGUGCCCAGAAUUUGUCCCUUGCUGUUUACAAAACUGAAAUAUUGUUGCUGUCUUUGGAUCUAUGCCACCUUGACUUUUAAAUCUUYUGAAAUCUUUUUUUCUAGUGUCUGAAUGUAGAAGUUGUUCUGAAUGUAGAAUUGGGGGAUUAUACAUUUUGAAACAUGCUGACCAAAGGGAAAGUGGGAGUUCAGAAUUCAAAAAGGGCAUUUUUAAUUUGGAGGUUCAUCAGUUACAUUUGAAAAAGGAAACUUUCAAGUAAUUAAUUCAUUCUUUCAUAUUCAUGUAAUAUAUAUAUUUACAGCUUUCCACGAGCCUUAUUCCUAAAAAAAAAGGUUCAGAGUACAGUCAAAUCAAGCACAGGAAUUUGGGCUACCAAUCUGUAAAAAGGUAUGCCUUCGUUUACUUCUCAUUCAGAGACAGAGGAUUCUUCACAGUUAUUUAAUUAUUGUCUUAGGAACUGGACUGACUUUGUGGCAUCAGUUAAAUCACUGAGGGCAAUUGAAUUAAAAAAACCCAUUGUGUCUCAUGUGUUUUGGAUGUUUAAGUAGUGAAUCCUGUUUAUCACAUAUUACAAGGAAAAAUGGUGCUUGAGAAAAUACAGUUUUGUGGGUUAUCUGCAUUACUGAGUUAUUUGCAAAUACUUGUGCCUCAGUGAUUUUUGUGUUGUUAUUCUACCUGCUGUAUUGUUAACUUUCUAAAGGGAUUCCUAUCUAAGAGGUGAAAUUAUUUUAGACAAUGGACAUUAAACAAUAUUCAGAAGAAAUUCUUUACAAUUAUUCUUUUAUAUAAUUCAGCUGUUUCCAGACUCAGUGAUCUGUUUAUAUCUGCGUUUGGAAUGGUUCUACACUGGAGUU